AUGCUCGAGACAAAGACAUUCCGCAGACGGGGCGAGAGGGAAUCUCGCGAGGAGGGCGACGAACAGACGGCUUUCAUCGUGAGUGAACGCAUACGGGCACCGGUUGUUGUAACUGUACCAGCGGGUGGGGAGGGUCCCAACGGCCUUGCACCCCAGGAAGACGUUAUGAAAGGCGUGGAGGCCACACCAGAGGAACAAGAACGGUUAGCUUCCGGAAAUAAUAAUGGCUCCCUCGACUGCAAACUUCCGCCCACCCAGCCUCGCUCCGUGUUUCACUCGACUCACGUGUUCAUGCUGGUUUUCCUCUCGGGUUGGGUGUUGCAGGGCAUGUUCCUCACUUAUUUCGUGAGUGUGACGACGACAGUUGAGAAGCUGUAUAAGGUGGAAUCAAAAACGACAGGGAUUUUACUGUCUGCGACGGAAAUUGGACAAAUAUGCACAGCGUUAUUUUUGACUUACUUAGCUGGCCGUGGACACAGGCCGAGAUGGAUUGGAUGCAUGAUGAUCGUUCUAGCAAUAGGAGUUAUUGGAUGUGUGGUACCUCAUAUACUGUAUGGGACGCAGUUGAUGGACGUACAUUUGGACUCGCAUCGGGCUGAAGCUGCGCCCGUGUGCAAUGACAAUUCGUCGACAGCUUGCGAUGCAGCUUAUAUGAAAAGUACUGCUGCUCGAUCCUCUAUAACAGCAGUAGUGAUUCCCUGGCUCUUCGUGUGUCUCCUGGUGGUUGGAGUGGGCCAGACUGGGAUAGCAACGCUUGGCAUACCCUAUGUUGAUGACAAUGUCGGCAGCAGACAAUCUCCUCUGUAUAUGGCAAUAACGAUUGGGAUCAGAGUAAUUGGACCGGCGCUUGGAUUUCUACUCGGGGCUUUGUGUACGAGAGUAUACGUAGACCCACUUCAAGACCCUGGAUACGAAUAUGAUGAUCCGAGAUGGGUUGGAGCUUGGUGGCUUGGUAUGGUGUUCAUAGCAGGAUUCGUUGUGAUCCUCUCUCCUCUCUGA